AGAGCAAGAAAACCAAGAGAGAAGAGUCCCCGUUGCCUCUCUCAGUCUCCUUAUGCCUUACUAUUUCUACUAGUGGAUUGAAAUAUUGUUUUGACUCACUCAAAGAUGAUGGGUUUAGGGUCUUUCGGUACUGGGGGUUCGUCAUCAUCCUUCUCCAAUUUAUCACCUUUAGCUCCACCUUUUACUGUUGAUCGGUCCAAUUCCAAACCCGGUUCAACCCAAUUGUUGAAUUUCAGUGAUUCAUCUUAUACUGGUACAGUACCAUUUGGACAGUCAUGGCAGUAUGCUGCUGCUGACCCAUCACCCACUGGAUACAAUUUUUUCCCUUCAGUUACUGAUUCUGUGCCCACAACUUGUAAUAUGCCUUUAUCACCUGAGUUUUCCCCUGCUGAUUCAGUUGAACCCGGUAGUCACUUUUGGUCAACUUCAAACCCAACUGUUCAUGCUUCGACUGACACGUAUUCGUUUGGCCGUGAGGGAUAUUAUGCCCCUUAUGUGCCUUCCAUAGUGAGCAAUGAACACCCAUCGGCGGCGGCGUUCAAUGAACCUUCGCUUGAUGUUUUGCCUAAUUCUGGUAGUAUUCAUGUUGAUGCAUCCUCGCAAGUUGAUUAUACCCAGAGCUUGUCUGGUUUGGAAUACCCGCAUUGGAGUUUUUUUAGUAAAGUGGCUGAUGGGAAGCAAGAUGAGAGGAAUGGAGUUAAUGGAAGUUUUUCCUUGGGGAAUGUUAAUGCUGGUGCUUCAUAUGGUUACAGGAAUUGCAUGUCUCAAGGUAAUUCACUUGAAGGUGUGAACAUAGCUAGAGAAGAUUCUGGUGCUGGAAAUUUUAUUGAUGGAGUAUAUACUGGGCCUUCAAGUAUGGGACAUAUGGAUGCCAAAUCAUAUCUCACUCAAGAACCAAUCUACCAGUCUCUUAACUCAGAAACAGCUAUGGGUUCAAUUCUCCCCGUGUCUUGCCAAGUGGGUCUUUCUUUAGGGUCUUCUAAUAAUUACUUGAACUAUGAAAACCCUUUUACUCCACAUGAGAGAUUCUUCCAACCCCUUGAUUCUUGUCCCCGUGAUACUACAUCCACAUCAAAAUCUUCUCCUGUAGUGGUUAUCAGACCAGCACCUUCUGGAAGUCGUUUCUUCGCACCAAAGAUAGACUUGCACAAAGAUGUGGAUAUUUGCAAAACUGGAGCUACAAACAGUGAGAAAUCAGAUGUCUGUGAUCUGUUAAAGAGUCAGGAAACUCGGCUACCAAUAGAUUCUCCGAUUAAAGAGUUUUCCUUGGGCUCAAGCACACCGCCGGACUUUGACAAGAUCAAAAACAUUUUUUUUGCAUCGUCGUCAGUUAACAAUCUGUGCUCGACCCGUCCUUGUAGCAGCAAUAGCAUAGAGAUUGCAGUUAAAGAAAGAUCUGGAUCUCAAGCUCCUUGCGCUAGUGCACCACCUGUGACUUUUGCUGAGAAAUGUUCAGAUGCUCUAGAUCUUCAUAACCCAAAUGUAGAUUCACCCUGCUGGAAAGGUGCUCCUGCUUUUCGUAUUUCUCUCGGCGACUCUGUUGAAGCUCCAAUCCCGUGCCUCUUCACAAGCAAAGUAGAAUUCGCUGAUUUUAGUCAAAGCAAUCCUUUAUUUCCUCCAGCAGAAUAUUCAGGGAAAACUUCCUUAAAGAAACUUGGCGAGGAAAAUCUGCAUAACCAUAAUGUAUAUGCUGGAAAUGGUCUGUCUGUUCCUUCGGUAGGCACUGGUACUAAUAACUACACCACAAAAGAACUCAGGACCAUUGAUGUCACAAAAGAAACAUUUGUGCCUAUGGAUCUGUCCAGCAAUGGUGGGAUACCUAAAUUUUCUGAAGAUCUGAAUAAGCCUAGCAAAGGAUAUAGUCUACCUCAGUACUCUGAAAAUGAUUGUCAACUACAAUAUUCCUGGGGCAAGCACCUUAGUGUUGAUGAUCACCAAUAUGGACCCAAAAAGCAUAAUUUGCCUGAAGGUUAUAUGCAUACUGGUUUGAACCUCAAUGACACAUUAGAGGGUGGAGUAGUUGCACUAGAUGCUGCAGAAAAUGUUUUACGUUCACCAGCUUCUCAAGAAGAUGCCAAGCAGGCCCAACCAUAUCAAAUGGGAUCAAGUCCAAAGCUGGAUGUUCAAACACUUGUGCAUGCAAUUCAUAACCUUUCGGAACUACUUAAAUCUCAAUGCUUGGCUAAUGCAUGUCUACUGGAGGUUCAAGACUAUGACACCCUUAAGAGUGCAAUUACCAAUCUGGGUGCAUGUACUGCUAAGAAGAUUGAAACAAAAGAUACAAUGGUUUCCCAGCAUGACACUUUCGAAAAGUUCGAAGAAUCUCACCGCUCUUUUAUGGGCACUGAGACAGGCCACCCUCAGUUUAUGGAAGAAGUUGCUUGGGAUUCUUGUGGCCUCGAUAAUCAGCCCACGCCUGAAGAUAAGAGCAAGAACAAUGGUAAGAAAACUGAGAAUUCACCCCUUCUAACUCCUGCAGAUGACUUGGGGGAUUCAAAUGAAGAACAAGUGGUCCAGGCUAUAAAGAAAGUCCUCAAUGAGAACUUUCUCUCUGAUGAAGGAAUGCAUCCCCAAGCCCUUCUUUUCAAGAAUUUAUGGCUUGAAGCUGAAGCAAAGUUAUGUUCUUUAAGCUAUAAAUCUCGUUUUGACCGUAUGAAGAUUGAAAUGGAGAAGCAUAGAUUCAGCCAAGACUUAAACCUGAAUUCCUCAGUGGCACCUGAAGCUGAAAAUGACUCAGCGUCAAAGAUUACCACUCAGAGUACCUCUACUUCAAGCAAAAGUGUCCACAUUGACGAUUCUGUAAUGGAGAGAUUCAAUAUUUUAAAUAGAAGGGAAGAGAAGCUGAGUUCAUCAUUCAUGAAAGAGGAAAAUGAUUCUGUUAAGGUUGGCAGUGAUUCUGAGGAUUCUGUCACAAUGAGACUAAAUAUCCUAAGGAAACAGGGAAACAACUUCAGUUCAUCAUUCAUGCAAGAGAAAAAAGCUUCUGAUAUAGUUUCCAGUGACACUGAGGAUUCUGUUAUGGAAAGAUUCAACAUCUUAAGACGACGGGAAGACAACUUGAAAUCAUCUUUCAUGGGAGAGAAAAAGGAUCAGGAUGUGGUUGCCAAUGAUGCUGAGGAUUCUGUUAAGGUGAGACUCAACAUCUUAAGACAGCGGGAAGACAACUUGAAUUCAUCUUUCAUGGAGGAGACAAAGGAUCCAGAUAUGGUCACUAAUGAUGCUGAGGAUUCUGUUAUGGCAAGAUUCAAUGUAUUAACACGCCGGGGAGAGAACCUGAAUUCACCGUUUAUGGAGGUUAAAAAAGAUCUGGACAUGGUUGCUGCUGGUUCUGCUGAUAUGGAGAAUCAUGGAUUGAUAAAUGGAGAAGUAUCAGGCGAUCAGAGGGCAAAUGUGGUCAUAGAACCUUACUUUUAUCAUCACAGUAUUAAUUCCAGUGAAGGAUAUAACUCCUUUGGGUCUUACGCUGAUGGUUCUGGAUAUGACUCCAUGAAACAGUUUCUUCUCUCUGUCGCGGAUGAUCCAAUUGUCCAUUCAAAUAGGAAGGCCAGACUGGGAAAUCACCACUCAUCAGGUUUGUAUGAUAAUUCUUCAUCAGAUUGGGAGCAUGUUGCCAAGGAUGAGUAUGUUUGACAUCUGAUGAUAUUUUGAUGUUACUCUUUCCAGUCGACAUAUGAAUACACUGUAUAUGUUGUAGAGUAGACGGAACACUACGUAUUCCUAUUCUCUGCUUGCUGAUACUGCAAUAUCAUUACUCGGUUGUGCUCAUCGUUUUAUUUCUUGCUUACCUGUGCAGUCAUUACUAUAGUACUUAAA